AUGUGCUCCAGAAUCCUCACCCUCCUCCUUCUGUUGGUAUCGUUGUUGGUCAUCAGUGCAGAGGUCAGUUGGUUACGGUAUUUGAGUGUGGGCCAGGGUUACCGUAGGGAAUGAUGAGUUUGUUAAACUAAAUUAGGGUUAGCUAGGGCUUAACGUGCAAUAAGGAGCUUUUUUUAAAGAUAAAAUAUGAUACUAAGAUCAAUGUCAUAUUAAAAGUAAUAUUUUUAAGGGUUUUGUCAUAUUUUAUCAAUAAAACGACAAUUUUAUAUCAAAAAUGAACAUUUUUAUGUAGAUAACGUCAUUCGAAUAGUCGUAUCUAGCAAAGGUCAGAUACGAAAUACGAGACGAUGUUUAUGGGUAUGCUAUAUAACUUAAGCCUCUCUCUGUACUUGUGCAGUACAUUGUAAUUCAAGUAUGACAAAGUUAAUUAUCUUUUGAGCCACGUCAUUAAUUGAGGCUUAAAAUUAAUUUUCUUUGCUAUAUUAUCAUAGGUAUCCUUGUUGUUGUGACUUUUUCAAACCUUGACGUCUUUUUGAAAUACCGUAUCUUUUACCUCAAAAAGAUACUGUAUUUUUGUCAAAAAUCCCGGAUUUUGGAGAUUUACUGUACUAAAUCACAGUUCUAAACCAACUUUUUAUAGCUUACUGUUUUUUUCAAAAUUUAAAAACCUUUAAAUUACCGUACCCAUUCCAGAAACAACGACUAACACCCCUAUACGGUAUGUUGAGACCGGGCUCCCUUCGCCUCAACAGUCGCCAGCUGAGGUCGGAAAGUGUACCAUUGGCAGAGUUGGCCGACCAACAGUAUCCCGCCCCACCCCCUCACAUGGUCCAGAUCAAGCGGGAGAAACCGAUGCUGAUGGGCUACGGCUGGGAACAGUGCGAGUUCAGUCCGAUGAGCUGUCUGUUGCGACGACGACGCAGUGCCAACAACGCCUAA